AUGCAUUGGGGAGUUAAAGACGGUGGUAUUUAUGCUGCGUCUGCUGUCAACCGCGAUGAGUGCCUCGUGGACAACGGCGGCUGCGACCACCUCUGCAAGAACACGCUGGGCUCCUUCAUGUGCUGCUGCUCGCCCGGGUUCAAGCUGCUGCAGGACAAGCGCUCCUGUCAAGACAUCAACGAGUGCGAGUUCCACAACGGCGGCUGCUCGCACCGCUGCGUCAACAACCCCGGCUCGUACGAGUGCCGCUGCGAGCAGGGCCAGAGGCUGCUGCCCGACGGGAGGACGUGCCUGGACACCGGCGGAUGCGACGUGGACAACGGCCGCUGCGACCACUACUGCGACGACUCCUCCGGCCGGGUCGUCUGCUCCUGCCGGCGAGGAUACCGCCUGGGUCGGGACAGUCGGCGCUGCGAGGUGGUCGACCCCUGUCAGGUCGACAACGGGGGAUGUCAGCACAGGUGCGAGGCCAUGGACAGGCGGCCGCAGUGCACCUGUCCUGAAGGCCUGAAGCUGGCCGAUGACCAGCGCAACUGCAUCGAUGUCGACGAGUGUCAAAUGCCAGGCAUCUGUAGUCAGCAGUGUCGCAACACCUGGGGCUCCUACACAUGCUUAUGCAACACCGGCUAUCAACUAGGAACCGACCACAAAUCUUGCUACAUGAUCGACAUGGAGGUCAUAAAUUCGUGUCUGGAGAACAACGGCGGCUGCGAGCACAUGUGCCGCCACGCUGCAGGAGGCGCCGAGUGCAGCUGCCACGCCGGCUACCUGUUGCAGCCGGAUCUCAGGUCGUGUCAGGACGACAACGAGUGCGAGACGGGGAGCCACCGGUGCGAGCAGGAGUGCGUCAACACGGCGGGGGGAUACGUGUGCGCCUGUCGCCAGGGCUUCACGCUCAGCGCCGACGGGUUCUCGUGCGAAGAUGUGAACGAGUGCGCGCAGGAGAACGGCGGCUGCGAGCACGAGUGCAGGAAUUCGCAGGGAUCCUUCGCGUGUUCCUGCAGGCCCGGCUACCUCCUGGUCGACCUGACGCACUGUGACAUGAUAGACUAUGACUACGGCGACGACUACAGCUCCCACAGCUCGCGCGGGGACAUGGACCUGCAGCCGGACCCCGAGGACGACGCCACGGUGCUGGAGGAGGCCACGUCGCACACCCACGAGGCACUCAACGUCGUCACGUACGCGGAGCAGGCCAGGAUCACGACCAUACACACGCGAUGCGUCCCAGGAUACUUCGGGCCGAACUGCACCUUGACUUGCCGCGACUGUCCCGGGGAAUGUGACAAGGAGGGCGAAGGCUGCCUCUGCGAGCCUGGCAGGACGGGGCCGACCUGCAGUGUCCCUUGUCCCGAAGGCUUCUACGGUGCAGGCUGUAACGAGGUGUGCAGGUGCGAGAACGAAGGCACUUGUGAUGCCGUGAGUGGCAAAUGCACUUGUCCUCCGGGCGUGUCUGGAGAAUUCUGCGAGGAUGGCUGCCCGGCCGGCUACUACGGCGACACCUGCGAGCGGCGGUGCCCCAUGAUGUGCCCCUCGAUGCGCUGCAACCGCGUGUUCGGCUUCUGCGAGUGCGACCCGGGGCGCUUCGGGCCCAAGUGCAACAUGCCGUGUCCGGCCUUGACCUGGGGUGCCAACUGCCGCCACCAGUGCCAGUGCAACGACCAGACCACUGCCCGCUGCCACCCUGAGAGCGGCGUGUGCGAGUGCCAGCCCGGCUACGUGGGCGUCGACUGCUCCGAGGAGUGCCCCAAGGGCCGCUGGGGAGCCGGCUGCAACCACGAGUGCCAGUGUGCCAAUGGGGCGAGCUGCCACCCGGCGACGGGCGCCUGCCUCAUGGACUGCCCGCCGGGCUUCACGGGCGCCGACUGUCGAGACGCGUGCGACGAGGCCCACUACGGCCCGGGCUGCAUGAAGGUGUGCAUGUGCGGGAUGCGGCCAUGCGACCCGGUCAGCGGCGCCUGCCUGUGUCCUGCCGGCACCUACGGCCUCUCCUGCGAGCAACCCUGUCCUGAUGGCCUGUGGGGAGAAAGUUGCCUGAAGAAGUGCCAGUGCGAGAACGGAGGGAACUGCGACAGGGUCAGCGGACAGUGCCACUGCAGGCCAGGGUUCACGGGACCCACGUGCGAGGCGCAGUGCCCCCCUGGGAGGUUUGGCAAAGACUGCAGUGAGACCUGUACUUGCCUCAACGGUGCUGCCUGUCACCACGUUACGGGAAGGUGCGAGUGCGCCGCGGGCUUCACGGGGCAGCGGUGCGGGCAGCCGUGCCCCCUGGGGCGCUUCGGGCCGGACUGCGUGCACAUGUGCGACUGCGACAACAGCGGCGGCUGCGACCGCGUGAGCGGCGAGUGCAACUGCGCCUCCGGCUGGCGGGGACCGCACUGCACGCUGCCCUGCCCUGAGGGGAGCUAUGGCGCAGGCUGUGCCAUGAACUGCAGUUGUGCCAACGGUGCCAAGUGCGACCACAUAUCCGGGGCCUGCAUGUGCCAGCCAGGCUGGCGCGGCACCUUCUGCUCGCGGCCGUGCCCCGACGGCUUCUGGGGGCAAGACUGCCGCCAUCACUGCGGCUGCAGCGCCGGCGCCGCCUGCGACCCCACCACAGGCGCCUGCGUCUGUCCGCCGGGCAAGCACGGGCAGCACUGCUCUAAAACGUGCCCCGUGGACCGGUGGGGCAGCGACUGCGAGCACGUGUGCCUGUGCCACAACGGGGGCACCUGCGACCGCGCGUCCGGCGCCUGCGUCUGCCCCGCGGGCUACACCGGUGCCACAUGCCAAGACAGAUGCCCCAAGGGAACGUACGGUAGCAACUGUCAGCAUACGUGUCUGUGCCAACACGGUGCCACAUGUCAACAUGACACAGGUGCCUGUGUGUGUCCACCUGGCUUCAGCGGCACAUACUGCGAGACAGGGUGUGACGAAGGCAGCUUUGGCCCCGGGUGCGUGCUGGCCUGCGACUGCCACAACGAGGGCCAUUGCGAUCCUGUGACGGGGGCCUGCGAGUGCCAGCCCGGAUGGAGGGGCAAGAAGUGCCAUAAACCGUGCCAUCAGGGUUUCUGGGGCCGCGAGUGCGAGCAAGUGUGCGACUGCGAGCACGGAGCGCAGUGCCACCACGUCACCGGGGAGUGCCACUGCACCCCAGGCUUCACCGGAGACAAGUGCCAGUUCAUCUGUCCUGUUGGGUUCUUCGGCGAGGAGUGCAACGAGCGCUGCGCGUGCGGGCCCGAGGAGCCCUGCGACCACGUGACGGGGGCCUGCGCCUGCCCGCCCGGGAGACAGGGAGCGCAGUGCCAUGAGUACUGCCUGGAGGGUCAGUGGGGCGAGCAGUGCCGGAAAGAGUGCCAGUGUGCGGGCUCAUCCUUGUGCGACCCUGUCACGGGCGAAUGCUUUUGCCCGGCGGGGUUGCGGGGAAGGAAGUGCCGAAGAGGGUGCCAUAGAGGCCAUUAUGGCGUCGAUUGUAAACAAAAAUGCAAGUGUUCCAACGGGGGUGUCUGUGACCCUGUGAGCGGCCAGUGCCAGUGCCGACCAGGUCACUUCGGUCCAACAUGCUCCCUGGCCUGCCCGCCUGGCACCUACGGGCCGAACUGCAACCAGACCUGCAUGUGCGAGCACGGCGGCGUAUGCACAAGGAGUGGCGAGUGCAGGUGUCCUGCAGGAUACACUGGGACCUUCUGUGAGGCGCGAUGCCCUGUGGACACUUGGGGACUCCGGUGCGCCUUCCAGUGCAAGUGCCACAAUGGUGCCAUAUGUCAUCCGGCCACGGGCGAGUGCCAGUGCGGCCUCGGGUGGACCGGGCAGCACUGCGACGAGGAGUGCGGCCCGGGCCGCUACGGGCCGGACUGCAAGCUGGACUGCGCCUGCCACCACAACGCCUCCUGCGACCGCUUCUCCGGCUGCUGCGACUGCGGGCCAGGCCGCUACGGACGCUACUGUGAGCUAGAGUGCCCAGCCGGCUUCUACGGAGUAUACUGCACGCGUGUCUGCGAAUGCGAAAACGGUGCCACAUGUGACCCCCAGACCGGGCAGUGCCGCUGUCCGCCGGGAUUUACUGGCGAGACCUGCGCUGACACCUGCCCUCCAGGUACCUACGGCGCCCACUGCCGCAUGAUGUGCCACUGCGGCCAGUUCGCCUGCAACAAAACGACCGGAGAGUGCCAGUGCCCCGCUGGCACUCAUGGGGAACACUGUGCCAUGCCAUGUGGCCCUGGUAAGUUCGGGCCCGGAUGCCAGCGCGUGUGCGAGUGCCACAACGGGGGCAGCUGCCACCCGGCGACGGGGCACUGCUCAUGCACGCCGGGCUGGCUCGGCCCGAAGUGCCAGGAGAGGGACGUUUCCUUCGUGACGGCGAGCGACCAGCGGGGGCGGGCGGACAUCCCGGUCGAGCUCAGCUGAGUCUUCGGAAGAGAGAUAGGCCUAUGGAGAGGCCUUUUGUGAUGCGAAGAGGCAGUGAACGCGUGGUGGGUCGUGGUUUUGGGAGGAAAAGAGAGUGAUUGAUUUGUACAGACUUUUUUUUCUGUAUAUGGACAGUAAGCAUACUGCAAUGAAAUAAUGAAAUAUAUCUAUAUCUGCCGCUGGGUAAUGAUAUUAUUAUUAUU